CAAUAACAGUAUUUUAUUCUUAUAAAUUGUGUUUGCAGUAGAGAAUGUUAUCCGGAGGGGCUUUCCCUCGUAUUUUUGUCAUUUUUUCGUUGUCUCUGCAUAUGUACUCAAAGGCGUGUCGGAAUACUGCCGGAAUGUGUACCUGGCCAUAUAAGUUUUCUAGUGUACACACGUAAAUUUUGAGCCACUUUACUUGGGUGCCAUUGAGUGUUGCUUGUGAAAUAACACAAACGUGAUAUUCUGUGGUACAUUUUGUCCAGUUGAUCUGAUUGCAGGGAAAGUGUUGGCCAAAAUGUUACAUUUCAAUUACAGAUCAGCUAUUUAUAUGCCUAUAUUGUUGUUGGUCUGAGACAGGGGUGGGAGCAUAAAAGAAGUUACAAGGGAGAAUCACUAAGGGAAGACACUGCAAAUAUUUUUUAGCCAGCGCACGGAGUUAAGAAGUGACUUGGUGAUUGAAAAUGUGGCUAAACGAGGAAGUCCUGUAGUUUAUUGACAUGUCUGCAGCACACAUCAACUCGGAAUUCGAAUUCAGUGGCUUCAAUAGAGUGAGUUCUAGUUCAGCAUCCAGCUCCAUCUCAUCAUUCAACUUCUCAUCGGCUUCCGUGUCAUCGAGCUCCUCCUCAUUGCGCGAAAGCGGUAUUCUACCGGGCGAGAGUGUCGGCGGCUGCUCGCUGUCCGCGAACUUUGUUACGCUUCAAAAAAAGGACAAGAGUGCUAUUGCUGCCAUUGCCAUGUCGACCCAAGUCACUCCGAAGAUCAUGAGCAGCAUUAAUGCGAAGGAGUCAAUCCACAAAUCGAACCCCGUACACCACCACGAACUGGUUGAGGAGCCCAAAGUCAAUGCUGCGUCUCUUCCACUCUCCGACGAUCCGCGAACACUGCAACUGGCGCUGGAACUGUCCCUGGUCGGAUUCAAUGACAAUCAAACUUGCUUUGCACAACCUGCUCAAGCCCUAUCGCUACCCCUAACCGCACAAAACGACUUCGAGAUGGGCGCCAUCAAUGGAGUGGCCGCGUUCUCCAAAACCGAUAGCUCCCUGCCGCCUCCUUCGGCAUCCAGUUGCCUCUUGUUACCCGUUGCCGGCACCGUCAGCCUAGAAGAUCGAUCGAAGAAGUCGCAAAACAUGACCGAAUGUGUUCCAGUACCCAGUUCCGAACAUGUGGCCGAAAUAGUCGGUAGACAGGGUUGCAAAAUCAAAGCAUUGAGGGCUAAGACCAACACUUACAUCAAGACACCAGUUCGAGGAGAGGAGCCGGUGUUCGUAGUGACUGGUCGGAAGGAAGAUGUGAACAAGGCCAAGCGGGAAAUCCUUUCCGCUGCUGACCACUUCAGCCUAAUACGAGCAUCGCGCAAGCCGAUGAGCGACGGCCCCAGCACCGGCAUAGUAGGCAUUGCGAGUUGUUCCGGAGCUGGUGCAGUUCCACGCAUGCAGUCUGGACCCCCAUGCAUGCCAGGACAGGUAACCAUACAGGUACGUGUGCCCUAUCGGGUGGUGGGACUCGUGGUGGGGCCCAAAGGCGCUACGAUCAAGCACAUUCAGCAAGAGACUCAGACCUACAUUGUGACACCGUCGCGCGAAAAGGAGCCAAUUUUUGAAGUGACUGGCUUGCCGGACAACGUAGACACUGCCCGAAAGCAGAUAGAAGCUCAUAUUGCCCUCCGAACUGGGGCCGGAUCUGGAAGCGGGGACGCCGGUGCUAUGCCAGGUAGUGACUUGAUUGAGGCAAAUGAGUUCGAGGCAAAUGUCCUGCCGACAAUAAAUUCGCUAACCCAGAUACUAAAUGAUGAUUUGAACUCCGAGAUUUUGUCGUCUAUAUACAAAAAUGCGAUGCCGUCUGCACAGGACUACGCAAAUAACUCAAUGAAGAUUGUGGGAAAUGGUAGCAACUCUUCAAAGCCCAUGCCAGGCUAUCAUGCUGGCCACUGUUUUCAGAAAACCGAAUUCUCUGACGUGGAAAUGAUGGCAACUUUGACACCAACAAGAGUGUCCGAUAAGCAUCUUCCUGCAAACGAAGUUUCCGUUCCCCUGGCCAAAGCUAAUGUUGUAUUCCGCAAUGCGUCUAACAAAACAUUAACCUUCUGCCCUCCCACAUCCACAUCCGCAUCCGCAUCGAUUCAUUCCAACUCCAAUGCAAACAUCUUAACAAGAUCUUGUUCAUCUGCUUCCUCGACAACUUCAACAAAGAGCACCAACAACAGCGCCAACACACCUCCAGAAAUACUGAAUAUAUGGAAGAAUAUUAGCGACUCAAUCGACGUGGAUGAGGGCAUAGGCGACUCGCCCAGUAUCUGGAAUCAGCCCGCAAAUAUCAUACCGACAGCUCACUGCUCCCCCACUAUCUCAAUUAGUCCUACGGACUCGCUCUUGGGCCUCGCCGAACAUUCUGCAAAUCAAAAGAACAUGCACCUCACAAAAGAACCGACUGUGUGUAACACCCAGCAAAAGCCACAAUCCAUUCAGUUGCAGUCUAACCCGGACAAGUUCUUAAUUCACCGCGAGUGUUUCGUUUGUAAUGAAAACAAUGUUACCACUGCUUUGGUCCCGUGUGGACACAACAUGUUCUGCAUGGAGUGCGCAAACCAAAUCUGCAUUUCCAUGGAGGCAGUUUGCCCGGUUUGCAACUCUAUUGUUUACCAUGCAAUGCGCAUUCUAGGAUAAUUUUAGUUGUAUUAGUUUCUCAAAUCAUUGACUAUGUUUAAAUACGUUUAAUUCGUUGGUUUUGUAAUUUAUUGAUGUUUUUGUUUGUGGCUUCCGUGAAGUGCACUGAAAUGUAGUUUUUUAUUCCUUACAAAAUGGUUUGACCUGGAACAUUAGCAUUUCAACCUAAUUUAAGACGGCACGCGCUUUUGAGACGCUUUUGCACGCUGCAGCAUUUCGAAAAAUUCUAAUUGUUAUCUAAACACUAUAAUGGACUUUUUAUUAUUUAUACCCGUCCGCAAACAGAACAACGCUAAAACCAAGCAAAAGAGAACAGAAGCCAAGAACAGCCAAUACAAAAUUCCAAUUUUGAGAAAUGGAAUUGCAUUGUUGCAGUCUAAUAUCAGCUUAAAUUAUUUCUGGUUCAAUAGUUCAAAUGCAAAUGCAAGUUUUUUGAACUUAUGCGUAGGUAAAUUGUAGAUAACAACUUGUUGCUUUUUCAUUUAAACUUUGUUUUGGUUUAAUUACCAAUAUUUGAUGUAUGGACUUUUGAUUUGCAAACGUUUGUGUCAUUAACACAUUUCUGACACUUGUACAGUCGCAGAAGGUAUUAUACUUUCUGUCAGCAGUUUGCAAGUUUGAAGUAGACAUUUCCAAUCCUAUAGGGGAUAUAUAUUCCUGAUCAGCAUCAGCAUCUGUCCGUCCGAUUCUACGCAAACUAGUCUCUCAGUUUUAAUGCUAUUUACAUAAAGCAUUUGCGAAAAAUUGUGCUCAACAAUUUAGCAAAAUAAUGUUAGUUAGUAGAAAAGAUUCAAUUUUAUUAUCAGUUUUGGAUAUUGGAGUUUCAAUUUGAUGACUUAUUUUUAAAGGAAUGAAGUCGAGCGGAUAUUUUUUUAAAUUUAAUAUGUUUUACAGAAACCUAAUGAUAGGUACAAAAGUUAUGUAGACAUGUAUGUAUAAACGAGACAUUUUUAAUUUUAUAUAUAUCGUAUAUUGUUGAUCAGCAUCACUAGGGGUACCGAUCUCGCCGUGACCGUCUGUCCGCUCGUUUUGACGCAAAUUAGUGCCUCAGAUUUAGAGCUAUCAAGAUGACUUUAAAAUAUUUAACUAUUACUGAACCCCGAAGAAUAUUACCACAAAAUUUAAAAACUGCAAAGUUCUUUUUUUCCGGUUGUUCCAAUGGAAGCUUUAUGAUAAAGUCCUGCAGUAGAAGAAAAACUUGGACAAACGGAUAUGGAUAGAUCGAUUCUCCUAGUGAUGCUGAUCAAGAUUAUUUACAUAUAUAUAUUAUGUCCGAAUUGUCUUCUUAACUGCGUUGUAAACUUUUGGAAGGGUAUAUAAAUUAAAGACGUUCAUAUAGAAGAAACAGGCGAUUACAUAUUUAAAAAAGAGUUCUAACAUUGGUUUUUUUUAACUUUGUUGAGGGUGUUUUAAUACUGGUCAAAGAAAAACAAAAAAACGGAUGGUCAGAUCAUAAAAAGUUCAAUCUCUUCUCCGCUGGAUCUGCGUAUCCGCUUACAUCUCGCAGAAUUUUGUCUGAUAUCAAUGUCUUAUUUAUAUAGAUUAGAUUUUCUUCAAAAGGGAUAUUGAUUUCUUGAUCCGAUCCGGCUUGUUCCCAUUUAUACUACCUGCAAUAGAAAGACAACUUUUGGCAAAGUUUCAAAGAUAGCUUUAAAACUGAUGCUGAUCAAGAAUAUAUUUAUUUUAUGGGAUCGGAAAAGCGCCAUUCAAUGCGUUGGAAACUUUUGACUGAAAUUGUAAGGGUUUAAAAAUAGAAGCUUAUUCUAAAUUAUCAGUGCAAAACACACUGUAAUCCACCUAAAAAGCGAUUUCGGAAUAUGGCAACACAUUUCAACUUGUAUUAUUUAUACUGAAAUACAUGUAUCCAAGUAGGAGCAUAGUAUCUAUAAGUAAAAUAAAUGAAAUUGUUCUAUGAUAAUAACGAAAUGCAUGACACAAGUGAAAUAGACCGACCAUCCCCUAGAUUUGUUUGGCUUAAGGCUCGAAUAUAGGUUUAUAGAAGAGUUAAUACUAUUAAAAAGCUAUCAUACAAAAAAAAAAUCAAGACUUAAAUCCAAAGAACUCUUAGAAUUCGCAAUUUGUUUUCUAUUUUUGCAUUUUCGAAGCUUCAUUAAUAGAAGUUUUUAUAAGAUUACGCUAUCCGUUGAAAUUUUGUUUCAGCAUAUUCCUUAACCCAAUAGUGUAUUAUAAAUUUUUAAUAAUAUAAAAUGGCGGAGUAAGAGUAGUAUUGAUUAAAACAUUUGGAUUAUUAUUAUUAUUUAUUUAUUAACUUCUGUUUUACGAAGUUUGUUUUUUCCCUGGUGCACUUUAUUUAAGUUUUGAAGUUAGAAAACUAAAAAGCAAGAACACGCGAUGUCUCGGUACAAUUACUCGAGUGUCUUUUAACCUUAAAAAAAAGUUUUAAAUAUGUAUUUGAGGUUAUUUUCAUGAAAAAUGGCUUUUAAUUAGAAGACAAAUACAACUGUACUCACCAUUUGUUUUUAAAGGUUACACCUUUUGUUCGUUGUAAAUAAUAAACGGUGCAAUAUUUCACACGAAGUUACCCUACAGAUAUUCCAGAAAGAUACAAAAUGUUUUAAAUGCAAUUUUUGUAUGACAUAAUUACACAGGCUUCAAAAUUUAAACCGAUUUAGGGGGAUUUUCCCCGGAGAUCAAACCUUUAUUUUUGCGGGGCACUUGACCCAUGAUUUAUAAAAUUAUACUCAACAUUUUUAUGUAUGCUGCAAUUUUUUUUAAGUGCAAAUAGCGUUUUUAACAUGUUUUCAUGCCAUGUUUUCAUCAAUGAUUUUGCAGGCUCUUAUAUUUAAAAAAGUGGGAUUCUGUUUUCGUUGUUUUUGUCAGAUUUUUUAUUAACAUCAAAGUGGUAUUUGAAAACGUGUUUUCACCAAAUUUUAAUUUUACGCUUAACUUAGCCUAAACCUAAACUAAGCCUUUUUUUUUUCUUAAAAUACAGAUUCUAGAAUAAAAAUUUGAUGUUUUUAAAAAAUGUAUUUGUGGUGGCUUAAUUUUGCAACAUUUUGAAACUUCGUCGAGCUCUAUCAUCUAUGCUAGGAAACCAAAAAAAAAUGUACCAUAUAAAAAAUGUUUAGUGUGAUUUCUUGAAUAAGGGAGCCCAACUGCACCGGGAAAUCGAGGUUUGAUCUCUGGAAGACUUUGUCGAUUUAAAUUUGUAAACCAGUGUUGAUUUAUAUGGGGCGAAUCAAAACAAAUCUUCAUUCACAGGGAUUAUUAAUUUAACAUCAGUUUAAGGACGGUUCCAAGUCAUCUCCGAUUGAAACUCAGUUAGACUAGUUCUCAGUGAAAUAUUAUACAGAUUUUUAAAAAAGUAUUUCAAAAGAUUGGCAAUCAUAAAAAAAUUUAGCUGUUUGUUUUUAUUUCAAAAAUUUUUUGAGCCACUUACCUAAAAUAUUUUAUAAAAAACAGUAACGAUUUCUUUCCGAGAAAUAUUUUCGCUAAACUACUAUUAACUAUUUGAAAAUUGAACUCUUAAAUUAUUACCUUAGACUUAUAAUAUGGUGCAUUAUCUGUUUUUGUUCAAAUUCUUUGAAAAUAAAAUUAUUAUAACUAUGCUUUUCAUAUUAACAUUUCAAGUUAAUAACUCAGACUUCAGUUAACAGAAUUGUAGUAAUUAACUCUUGAUUUAGUUGUUUAUUAUAUUCUAGAAAAAUUUCUAAAGGCACAUAAUGUAUGUAGAUCCCAAGGGAAACUAGCAAUAGAAAUUUCUCAUUAAAUAAAUGACAUUUACACAGACGUAAUAUAAAAGUAUAUUGGAUCGUAUAAGUAAAUGUUAUGACACUAAUUCUCUGAAAAAUAAAAAUUGACUGAUAAAUUAGCAUUAAUAUUAAGAUCGGCACAUAACAUACAUUAUAUCAAUAGAUAAAGUCAAAUACAAAUAGUUGUUUAUAUUUAAAAAUACGAUGUAUGACCCACAUGUGACAACUACCUUAAUAAAGCUUACGAUUAAUGUGAAUAAAAAGACUUAUACAUUUAUAGUCAAUCAUAUUUAAUAUUUAUAAUACAAGGUAAAUUGCGCGAAUGUUAAAAACCCCAAAAUAUUAGAGUUCUGUUUAAAUUUUGAUGUUUUAUAUUAAAAUUAUUUUAGACCUGUGUUAUUAAAACUGUGUCCCAAGAGUAUAUUGAUCAAUCUAGUCCGAUUAAUUAUAAUAGAGGCUUAUAUAUUUUUAAAUGUAUAUAAUUUUAAAUUAAAAUCUGCAAGGUCAAAAAUUCAAACGAGUGAGACUAAAUAAAGGUUUAUUGAUCGCGCAAAAUGAACAUUUUACAUUAUUUUAUAAACUAUUACUAGAGUAAAUUAAUUUCAUACAAGAAUUAUAAAAAAUGAGCAUUUAU